GGUUUUGCAAGGGUUUUGCCUGUGUUCCUCUGGAUUUGGGAGUGCAUCCUCCAGCAGAGGGGGGCACCGGCUGGGAAGGGCCAUUUUAUUCCCAUUUUUGGGAAAGGAUGUGAGGGCAGAGUGGCACAGGGCUGCCAAGGCAGGACUGGAUGAGUGGGCAUCGCCUGCCUCCCCCUGCCUGUUCGGGGGACACCAGCUGGUGACAGUGAUGCCACAGCUCCCUGGGGAGCACCUCUGGGGGGCCAGCACGGGCAGGAGGCUGUGGCACCCAUUUGGGGCACCAGCUGGUGAAGGAUGGAGAAGCAGUACUGGCAUGGAGCGGCACCCAUGGGGGAUGAGCAUCAUCCUGCUCCCAGCAUUGCCACACCUGGCGGCCACCCCCUGGUACGGCUCACGGAGGAUUUUGCCGGGCCGAGGACUCCGACCCUUCACCACCCACGGCCGGAGGCGGCGACGCGGCGCAAGCCCUGCCCAAGCCUUUAACUCUGCUCCCCUGCCGGCUCCAGCUUUUCCCCCAGGUCCCCCUGAAUACCAACCGCUCCCGGCCCCACCAUGUGCGAGGAGGAAACCACCGCCCUGGUCUGUGACAACGGCUCCGGGCUGUGCAAAGCUGGCUUCGCCGGCGACGAUGCCCCCCGCGCCGUCUUCCCCUCCAUCGUGGGGCGGCCCCGCCACCAGGGUGUCAUGGUAGGCAUGGGGCAGAAGGACAGCUACGUGGGCGACGAGGCGCAGAGCAAGAGAGGUAUCCUCACCCUCAAGUACCCCAUCGAGCAUGGCAUCAUCACCAACUGGGAUGACAUGGAGAAGAUCUGGCACCACUCCUUCUACAACGAGCUGCGUGUGGCCCCUGAGGAGCACCCGACCCUGCUCACCGAGGCACCCCUCAACCCCAAGGCCAACCGGGAGAAGAUGACCCAGAUCAUGUUUGAAACCUUCAACGUCCCUGCCAUGUACGUUGCCAUCCAAGCUGUCCUCUCCCUCUAUGCCUCCGGCCGCACAACCGGUAUCGUCCUUGACUCUGGGGAUGGUGUCACCCACAAUGUGCCCAUCUACGAGGGCUAUGCUCUGCCCCACGCCAUCAUGCGCCUGGACUUGGCCGGCCGCGACCUCACCGACUACCUCAUGAAGAUCCUCACCGAGAGAGGCUACUCCUUCGUCACCACCGCCGAGCGGGAAAUCGUGCGAGACAUCAAGGAGAAGCUCUGCUACGUGGCCCUGGACUUCGAGAACGAGAUGGCCACAGCUGCCUCCUCCUCCUCGCUGGAGAAGAGCUACGAGCUCCCCGACGGGCAGGUCAUCACCAUCGGCAACGAGCGCUUCCGCUGCCCCGAGACCCUCUUCCAACCCUCCUUCAUCGGCAUGGAGUCAGCUGGCAUCCACGAGACGACCUACAACUCCAUCAUGAAGUGUGACAUCGACAUCCGCAAGGACCUCUACGCCAACAACGUCCUGUCCGGCGGCACCACCAUGUACCCUGGCAUCGCCGACCGCAUGCAGAAGGAGAUCACAGCGCUGGCUCCCAGCACCAUGAAGAUCAAAAUCAUCGCCCCCCCGGAGCGGAAGUACUCGGUGUGGAUCGGAGGCUCCAUCCUGGCCUCCCUCUCCACCUUCCAGCAGAUGUGGAUCAGCAAACCUGAGUACGACGAGGCCGGACCCUCCAUCGUCCACCGGAAGUGCUUCUAAAUCCCCUUCCUCGCCCUGUGGCGGUGCCCCUGGCCCGGCCUGGCCUGGGGGUGCUGCUCCUCCUCCUC